UUUUCCUUUUACUCCACAGAAAGGAACAAAACACAGAGAUUCUUUUUCAUUAAUCAAUUGAUGACCUGGUUAGAGGCUCAGAGCUACUGUAGGGAGAAUCACACAGACCUGGCCAGUGGACCGCACCAGUUAAAGGACACGCAGCUGCAACAGCUACCAGAGCUACAGAAGCUAAAUGGCACAGAGGAGAACAACCAUGCGUUCAUUGGUCUGUACAGAGACACCUGGAGGUGGUCAGAUGGGAGCAGUUUCUCUUUCAGACACUGGAGACCUGGGUCUGGCAUUAGCACUAAACAUAUUCGGUAUGUCAUGGUGGAGAAGAAUGGCAGAUGGACAACUGAUGAAUCUAGUAUCUCAAGAAAACCCUUCUUCUGUUAUGAUGAUAAAGUGAUCCUGAUCCAACAAAAUCUGACCUGGGAGGAUGCCUUGUACUACUGUAGAGAAAAGCACCGUGACCUGGUCUCCAUCACCGACCUCAAUGACCAGAGAUGGGUCCAAGAGAGAGUCAAGAACGCCACCACUGAAUAUGUCUGGAUGGGGCUGCGCUACACCUGCACUCUGGAUUUCUGGUUCUGGGUCGGUGGUGAAGUGGUCACGUACCAGAACGUGGACCCGGGUCAGAAGGGGGACCACUGUGACAUGUCUGGAGCCAUGCAGAGAGCUGGAAAACACAAGUGGUUCAAAAAGAAUGACAUGAACGAGUUUAACUUCCUCUGUUCUGAGUGGUAAACCCACUUUGACCACUGCUGACAUUCAUUUAUUAGUUUUGAUCUUAGGAUUUCUUUGUGUGUGUUGCUGAAAUGAUUUUAGACUUGUACAAUAAUUGUAACUUAAAGUAGAAAGAGAUCAAGUCUAUUAAAUAAUAGACUAUGGCUAUAAUAUUCUUUGUAGAGAGGUUGAAGUAACAUUUUCUGUCUUUUCAACUUGUGUCGUCUUAAACUUGGACAUGUAUGUAGAAAUAGGUAAAUCUAUUCUGAUCACUGCUGGCAUUCAUUGAUUAGUUCUGUCUUUGGGUUUCUUUUUUUGUAUCUAGAAAUGAGAACGUUUGGAAAGAGAAACCUCUACUUAGAUAACAGCUGAUGCAGGAUAUGAAUUUCUAGAGAUGUUUAGGUUGCAUGUUCUGUGUAGUUUUGUUUUACAGGUUUCCUAUUAAGCCAAGGAAUUGCUAUGUCUCAACUUUUCUUUGUUAUUGAUCUGGUGAUGGUUAUGUUUGUAUAAAAUCAUCCAUUUUGGGAUUGCUG